AUGGCGGCUGCUGCGCGCCUCUUUGCCGCCGUAACGCUCGCGCUGCUGUCCGUUUUAACAGCGGCGGCCUCGCGCAGGGACGUCCUCGAGCUCGGUGACGCGGACUUCGACUACCUGGCAGCGGAGCACGAGACCAUGCUGGUGAAAUUCUACGCUCCAUGGUGUGGCCACUGUAAGAAACUGGCUCCAGAGUUUGAUAAAGCAGCGACGCGACUGAAGGGAACUGUCCAGUUAGCAAAGGUGGACUGUACGGCUCACUCAGAGACUUGUGCUCGUUUCGGUGUGUCUGGUUAUCCUACUCUGAAGAUAUUCAGGAACGGGAGAGACUCCGCCCCCUAUGACGGCCCUCGCUCUGCAGAUGGGAUCUAUCACUACAUGAAGAAGCAGACCGGUCCAGACUCAGUCCAGCUGAGGACUGAUGAAGACCUGCAGACCUUCAUCCAGCACUAUGAUGCUAGCAUCGUCGGUGUGUUCUCAGGUGCAGACAGCUCUCAUCUGCCAGAGUUUCUGAAAGCUGCCGGUUUACUGAGAGAACAGUUCAGGUUCGCUCACACGACGGAUCUGAAGCUGAGAGAGCAGCGCUGCAACAACUCAGAGUGUGUGUUGUUGUUCAGACCUCCCAGACUGGACAACAAGUUUGAGGACAACGUCGUCGUCUUCAAAGAAUAUCUGACCAUCGGAUCUCUGAGGCGCUUCAUCAGAGAUCACAUCUAUGGUCUGUGUCCUCACAUGACUCUGGAGAACAGAGAUCGUCUGAGAGUUCGUGACCUGCUGACGGCGUUUUACGAUGUCGACUAUCAUCACAACGUCCAGGGGUCCAACUACUGGAGGAACAGGGUGAUGAAGGUGGCGUCUAAGUACAGUGGGCGGGGCCUGAACUUCUCCGUAGCCAAUAAGAAGGACUUCCUGUCUGAGCUGGAGGAGGACUUCGGUUUGGGAACGUCAGACGGAGGAGAGCUGCCGUUCGUCACCGUUCGCACGCGGCUCGGCCACAAGUACACCAUGAGGGAGGAGUUCACGAGGGACGGCGCGUCUCUGCAGAGGUUUCUGGACGAGUACUUCGCGGGUCGUCUGAAGCGUUUCGUGAAGUCGGAGCCGGUUCCCGAGAAGAACGCGGCGGCCGUGAAGAUCGUGGUCGCCGAGUCGUUCGACGAGAUCGUUAACGACCCCGAUAAAGACGUUCUGAUCCAGUUCUACUCUCCUUCCUGUCCCCACUGCAAGAAGCUGGAGCCGGUCUACAGAGAGCUGGCUGACACGCUGUUCAAAGAUCCGAACAUCGUCAUCGCGAAGAUGAACGCUGCCGAUAACGACGUCCCGACCGGCUACGAUGUCCAAGGGUAUCCAACCAUCUAUUUUGCUCCGAAGGGUAAAAAGGACGAGCCGAUUCGUUAUCAGGGCGCCCGCGAGCUCAGAGACUUCCUGCGCUUCCUGAAGCGGGAGGCGGGUCACAGCGCGCAGGACGAACUCUGA